GAUCUGACGCAGUGUGAGUCUCUGCUGCCUCACUUCCACUCCCCGCUCCCAGGAAGCAGCUGGCGGAUCUGCAGGCUCCUAAACACGGACACUAUCCCCGGGAGAGAGCUCCGGAUCCCGGCCUUUGAGGCCAUGAGGACGCCCGGUCCGGAGAGACUCAGCCCGCGGACCAGCAGCCCGGCUCGGGGAUCGAACCAGGUCCUGAACCAGGUCCUGUAGCGGCUCGGAGGUUUUCAUUGUGUCCUGGUGGCGCAGGAGAAAAGGAUGCGGACUCACGCGCUCCUCCUGCUGCCUGAUCCUCCCCCGACAGAAACCCAGUCCUGUGUCCUCUCAGAGUCCAGCAUGCUGCGCGAUCCGAGUCCAUGAGAAGUCUCCAUGAAAACAAGGAGGAGGAGGAGGAGGGAGGGGGGUCUGCCAUGGAGGACAAGGAGACCAGUCUGCAGACGGCCAGGCUGUGGAGGGAUGCCGCCCUGCGCUCCAGGAAGCUGAGGAGCACCCUGCGCCAGCUCACCCUGUGCUCCAAAGACCACCAGAUCAUCCUGCCGGAUGACAUAGAGGACAUCGAGGUGCUGAACCUGGGGAACAACUCCCUCCAGGAGCUCCCAGACGGGCUGGGGUCCUCCCUGAACCACCUGCGCAUCCUGGUCCUCCGCAGGAACAAGUUCUCAGCCGUGCCCCGGGUGGUGUUCGAGCUGGGUCAGCUGGUGGAGCUCGACAUGAGCCACAACAGUCUGAGGAGCUUCUCUGAGGGGGUAGGUCUGCUGAGGGGUCUGAAGAAGCUGUGCAUCAGUCACAACAAGAUCCAGAAUCUGCCGGCUCAGAUCGGAGCGCUUCAGCUUUUAGAGGAACUGGACAUCAGCUUCAACGAGCUGAGAGACCUCCCCAGGUCCUUCUCCAGCCUCACCAGACUGCGGACUCUGGACGCGGACCACAACAAGCUGAACCAGUUCCCCCCUGAGAUCCUGGCCCUCAGCGAGCUGGAGGAACUGGACUGCUCCGGGAACAAGUUCCAGGCGUUACCGGCCGACGUGAUGAAGCUGAGGUCGGUGAAGAUCCUGUGGCUCAGCAGUCUCCACAUGAGCUCUCUGCCGGACUCCUUCUGUCACCUGACCCGCCUGGAGAGUCUGAUGCUGGACGGGAACCGCCUGGCCCGGCUGCCGGCCGGGUUCGGACGCCUGCAGAAACUCAAAAUGAUCAACCUGUCCUCCAACGAGUUUGAGGACUUCCCUCAGGUGGUCCUGAGCAUCGCGGGGAUGGAGGAGGUCUACCUGAGCAGGAACAAGCUGACGCACGUCCCAGAGGACAUCGGUCAGCUGGUCCAGCUGGCCAACCUGUGGCUGGACAACAACCACAUCACGUACCUGCCGGACUCCAUCGUGGACCUGGAGAAGCUGGAGGAGCUGGUCCUGCAGGGGAACCAAAUAGCCAUACUCCCAGAGAACUUUGGAAAGCUGUCCAAGGUGAACAUCUGGAAGGUGAAGGACAACCCUCUGAUCCAGCCCCCCUACGAGGUCUGCAUGAAGGGGAUCCCAUACAUCGCGGCCUACCAGAAGGAGCUGGCUCACUCGCAGCUGGCCGUGAAGCCGAGGCUGAAACUGGUCCUGAUGGGGGCGAAGGACGCGGGGAAGACCUGCCUGAGACAGAGCGUGGUGAGCACCCAGCAGGACUCUCAGGGACCGCAGGGGAACAAAGGGAUCGAGGUCACCAGCUGGGUGGCGGACGCAGACCGCUGUCUCUCCUUUCUGGUCUACGAUCUGUCAGGGAAGCAAAACUACGACCUCAUCAAACCCUUCUUCCUCUCCCCCGGUGCUCUCUACAUUCUAGUCCUGAAUCUCAAAACCUACUCGCCCAAAAACUUUUACGCCCACAUCGGGUACUUCCUGCACCUCCUCGGAGCCAAAGUCCCCCACGCGGUGGUCUGCUUGGUGGGGACUCACGCAGACCUGUGUGGGGAGGAGGAGCUGGAGGAGAAGAGUCUGGACAUCCACCGGCAGAUCGGUCUGCAGGAGAAGAGGGACACCCAGAGUCUGAGGAGCAUGGCUCUGCAGGUGGACCAGGCCCUGGAGCAGGGCUACAACGUGCGCUCGUCCAGUCCUCACGUCCUCUUCUACGGGGUCUCUGACAGGAACCUGAGGAGGAGGAAGGCCCAGCUGCAGUUCAUGCUGAACCACCGGCUUCAGAUCCUGUCCCCGGUCCUGAGCGUCAGCUGCACCCGCAGCCAGAGGAACAUCACCCGGCUGCGGGACAAGCUCAUGUCUGUGGCAGACCACCGGGACAUCUUCCCCAACCUGCACCGCGUCCUGCCAAAGUCCUGGCAGAUGCUGGAGGAGCUGCACUUUAAGCCCAGAGACCUGUGGCUGUCGUGGUGGGACUCUGCCCGUCUGGGUCUGCAGGCGGGUCUGACGGAGGACCGGCUGCAGAGCGCCCUGUCCUACCUGCACGAGAGCGGGAAGCUGCUCUACUUCGAGGACAGCCUGACCCUGAAGGAGUACGUCUUUCACAAUCUUCCACGAUUCAUCGCCAUCCUCAACGUCUUCUUCCAGCGGGACGAGUCCACGCUGCUGGACCGGCUCCUCUCUGAGGGGGAGAGGGGGGACAAGGGGAGGGUGAGCCUGGUCAUCGAGGACGAGAAGGGAGAGAACCUCAGGGUGACCCACCUGCAGCAUCACGUGGAGGGUUUCCUCCAGCACGGCCUUCUGCCCUCCAACGUGAUCCGGCUGCUGCUGCGGCCUCUGAUCCAGACUCAGCAGGACCUGCACCUCAUCAUGGAGCUGCUGGAGAAGAUGGGGGUCUGCUACUGCAUCAACAAGCCGCGCAGCAAGCCUCUGAACGGGGCCACCGCCUGGUACAAGUUCCCCAGCUACGUCAGCAGCGAGGAGCCGCGGGUGGAGGUCUCGGCGGGGGCGGGUCCUCAGUCCGGGUGUCAGUUCUUCUCCGUGGAGCAGCUGCAGAUCCAGUACAGCUUCCCCUUCCUGUUCCCCCCCGGACUGUUCGCACGCUUCAGCGUUCAGAUCAACAGCCACGUGGUGCAGCGCUCCGACGGCCGGCAUCAGAUCUUCGCCUACCGGGGGAAAGUCCCCGUGGUCGUCAGCCAUCGGCCCGCCACGGGGAAGCUGCGGCCAGAGACCCUGUCCAUCGCCAGCCACGCCUCUCUGCCCAACAUCUGGACGGCGUGGCAGGCCAUCACGCCGCUGGUGGAGGAGCUGAACGUGCUGCUGCAGGAGUGGCCCGGCCUGCACUACUCCACACACAUACUCUGUUCCAAGUGCCUGAAGAGAGGGUCCACCACGCCACACGCCUUCCCAGGUGAGCUGCUGAGCCAGCCGCGGCCCGAGGGUCUGACUGAGAUCAUCUGUCCAAAGAAUGGCUCCGAGCGGGUCAACGUGGCUCUGGUUUACCCCCCCACACCCACAGCGCUCAGCCCCUGCCUCAAGUGACCACCUGAGACCCCUCCUCCUCCUGAGACCCCUCCUCCACCUGCCUCACCUGAUGCCCCCCAAUCAACCCCCCCCCCCCCUCCAGACAGCCUGAACCAAACCUGCCGUUGUAGGAAGCUCGCCGCGGGAUCACUGCCUCUCAUGUUCGUGAUGUCGAACAGUAUUUAAAGACUUGAUGAGCACAAGCUUCAGCCGGAUCCUCUCAGCAGCAUCUCUUCAUUUCAUCACGGGACCAAACCACCGACACGUCUCCACUGUCGUACUCUGAAGACUCGCCGUGAGGGACUCUGACGGGUCCUCUCUCACAGGACUGCAGGAGACACGUACAGACAUCCUGAGGUUGGACAGAGGGCCACGGGUCUGGGAUCUCUGAGGAGAGAAGACUGAAGUGGACUGAAGUGGACUGAAGUGCUCCGUCAGUUCCUGUCCCAGACUCUGUGUGCAUGGC